UAAAAGAAGUUUUUUUAAAGUUAGCAAUUAACCUAAGCUUUCAACACCUUACAAGUGACACGCUGAAGAGCCGAGUGAUCGAAAGCGUCCACCUGUGCUCAGCCUUCACACGCCUAUUUAAGUUUCACACUCCCUGGCAAACAACUCGGACACUCUGAUAAAGAGGCUCCGCCCACCCACGCACACACAGGUGGAAAUACGUGGGCUUUAUUAGGGUUUCUCCGAAUGAGGGAUCUCUUUCCAAAGCGCACACACUCACUCACUCACACACUCACGUCAGAGGACCUGAACCAUGAGCGACAAAAUGGAAGCUUUACCUGAGGUCACCAAGAUGGAUGUGGACACUACCGCAGAAGAAAGACCAAAAUGGGACAACAAAGUCCAAUACCUUCUGACCUGCAUUGGAUUUGCCGUGGGUCUGGGCAAUGUAUGGCGUUUCCCGUAUCUAUGCCAGACAUAUGGAGGAGGGGCUUUCUUGAUACCAUACAUCAUUGCACUAAUAUUUGAAGGCAUCCCUUUGCUUCAUCUUGAACUAGCGAUUGGGCAAAGGCUGCGUACAGGAAGUAUAGGAGUCUGGAAUUCAAUAUCACCAUACAUUGGAGGUGUGGGUCUGGCAUCUCUCACUGUUUCCUUCCUCGUGGGACUCUAUUACAACACCAUCCUGGCCUGGGUGCUCUGGUAUUUCUUUAAUUCUUUCCAACAACCAUUACCUUGGAGUGAAUGCCCACUAAAUGAAAACAGGACAGCCUAUAUUCCAGAAUGUGAAAAAACCUCACCAGUAAAUUAUUUCUGGUAUCGAGAAACUCUUAAUAUCACACCAACUAUUGAGGAAAAUGGCACAUUGCAGUGGUGGUUGGUUAUUUGUCUGGCAACUGCUUGGGCUCUUGUAUACAUCUGCUUCAUCAGAGGAAUCGAAACAAUUGGAAAGGCUGUCUACUUCACUGCCACCUUCCCAUACCUCGUCCUCACCAUAUUCCUCAUCCGUGCCCUCACUCUACCAGGAGCCACUGAUGGACUUGUUUACCUCUUCACUCCUGAUGUCGAAGUGCUGAAAAACCCCACAGUAUGGCUGGAUGCAGCUACACAGAUCUUCUUCUCACUGUCUCUGGCUUUUGGAGGGAUGAUUGCAUUUUCCAGUUAUAAUCCACAAAAAAAUGACUGUGAAAGAGAUGCAGUUAUUGUUGGUGUGAUAAACAGCGCAACCUCCAUCUACGCAUCAAUUCCCAUUUUCUCAAUUCUGGGAUUCAAAGCCAAUUCAAACUACAAUGACUGCCUGGAUAAGAACAUUCUCACCAUUACCAAUGCUUUUAACAUUGGAGACCAAAAUGUAACCAGAGCAAAUUAUGGAAGUUGGAUAGAAAGCCUGAAUGUUACUAACCACAAAGAACUGGAAUCGCUAAACCUACAAAAAUGCAGUCUUCAAACCUUUCUUGAUGAGAGCGCAUCAGGGACAGGACUGGCAUUCAUUGUCUUCACAGAGGCGGUCAUCAAGAUGCCAGGCUCUCAAGUGUGGGCAGUGCUAUUCUUUGUCAUGUUAUUCACCCUUGGCCUCUCAUCCAUGUUUGGAAAUCUCGAAGGAGUACUCACACCUCUUUUAGACCUGCAUUUGGUGCCAAAAUGCAUACCAAAGGAGGCUUUCACAGGGUUGAUGUGCCUGGUGUCAUUUUCAAUUGCAUUGAUUUUUACAAUGGGAUCAGGAAACUACUGGCUGGAAAUUUUUAACAGUUAUGUGGGAUCUGUGCCUCUGCUGAUUAUUGCUUUCUUCGAAAUCACAAGUGUGGUGUACAUAUAUGGAAUUAAGAGGUUCAGUGAUGACAUUAAAUGGAUGACUGGUCGAUACCCUAAUAUUUAUUGGCAGGCAACAUGGAGAGUUAUCAGUCCUUUGAUGCUGCUGGUUGUAUUUGUGGCCUACAUUGUUGUACAAGCCCAGGUGCCUGCCACUUAUGAUGCAUGGAACCCAAAUAACGUACAUUUUCCUACGCCGCAGACAAAGGAUUAUCCUGGUUGGGUCUUUGCCAUCUGCAUUUUGUUAGUGGUCCUUCCCUGCAUAUGUAUUCCUGCAGUAACAAUUUACAGAUUUGGCCUGUGGAUAAAAGGACGAUUGCACAGACAUAAUCAUUCAAAUGCAUUUGACAACAAAGCUUAUGAAGUUGAAGUGCAAUGAGAAGACUGUCAGUGAACUGAUUAUACAUGUCUGCCAUUUGUCCACAUUCUGUCUGUAAUGAAUCAUUUACGUUUGCUAAUCCUACCAAUCGCAAAGGGGCCUUGCACAAUUUCUUUCUUCUUAAAGGAUGUUAUUAUUUUUAAUUUACUUUGGACAAAAAUGCUGCACUGCAUACAAUACAGGCCUUCCUUUACGAACUUUAGCCUUUAUAAGGAUGGGAGGGUGCUGCGCAGUAAGCAUGUAUCACUAAGUAAGUGAAAGGAUUUAUAAAUCUGUUUUGGGAAUGAUAUGCAUAUUUAA